AUGGAUGUCUAUGAAGAUAUCGACAUAUUAUUUGAUGCAGAUUUAAUAAAUGUGAUCGAAGAAAUAAAUCCACAUCGAACAUAUACUGUUCGCGAAAGGAGAGAUCAUUUCAACUUUUGGAAUGACCAAGAGUUUUUCAAUCGUUUUCGCCUUUCAAAAGCCACAGUAGAAUUAUUAUUUAACGAAAUUCAAGAGCAUUUACAUCAUCGGACUGGAAGGAAUUUAGAUCGAGCUAUUCGUCCUAUGGAUCAACUACUUUUAACGUUGCGAUUUCUGGCCACCGGAGAUUUUUAUAUUUGUACAGGUGAUUUUCUGGGAGUCCAUAAAUCAACAGCAGCAAAAAUAGUUCAACGUGUGGUAACAGCAAUUUGUACGUUAAGAAGGAUUUAUAUUUUUAUGCCGAAUACUGAGGAACAAAGACACGAGAAAAUUAUUAAAUUUCAUAAUUUGGCUCAAUUUCCACGAGUGAUCGGGGCAAUAGACUGUACGCACAUAAAGUUACAAUCUCCAGGAGUUAUUUGUGAUGCCAGUCAUAAAAUUUUGGAUGUAGUGACACGUUGGCCAGGUUCGACACAUGAUGCCCACAUAUUUCAAAAUUCAUCUGUAUAUAUGAGGUUUGAAAAUGGCGAGAUGGGCAAUGGAAUUUUAUUAGGAGAUAGUGGCUAUCCUUCUCGAAGGUAUCUUUUAACUCCGAUUCAUAAUCCUGAAGGACAGGCAGAAAAUCUUUAUAAUGAAUCACAAAUAAGAACUAGGAAUGUUGUGGAGAGAACAUUUGGAAUCUGGAAGCGUAGAUUUCCGGUGCUAAGUGUGGGUAUAAGGUGUCGGCUGAAUUUAGCACAGAGAGUUGUGGUGGCAUGUGCCAUUUUACACAACAUUGCCUGCCAACAAAAUGAAGAAGUUUUUGAAGGGGAUGAUGAAGAGGAUCAGCCCGUGGUAUAUAAUGGUGUAGAAAAUAACGAUGGUGGUGUUGAAGAAAGGGAAACAAUAAUUGAUUAUUUUCGAAAUAUGUUGACUGCAGGAGGAUUUAUAAUUUAG